AUGUCCUCAGUGCGAACGAGCAGCAGGAGCGGUCUAAGGCCUGCUCUUCGAUGUGCCGCACCGGAAGCUUUAGCGGCAAGCAGCAGGCUGGCAACUUCAGCGUCUUCAUGGACAGAGAGGUCCGCAGCUUCUCGAAGAGCAUCGCAUUCCGCCCAUCACAAGCCUUUGGGCUUUAUCGACAAGCGAUUGCGAAGCAGCGCGGCGCAACUACACAACACCUCUUUGCCCCUCAGGACAACAUCAUCAGCGUCGACCUCGCAGCAUCGCAAAAGCUUCGCAUCCACACUCACUGCCGCGUCUGGGAGUGCUGCAAGCUCGACAUCCGCUCCCGACAGACCCGGGCCCAAGCGGCUGUACGACGAGAGGGUGGAGAAAGGGCUGCUGAGAGAAGAUGCGCAUCAAAGGAGAAUAGUGGAAGGACCCUUACAACAAAUGUACGACGAGCUGCAGUCCUACACGCAGCAGGUGCAACCAGAGAUCAAGAAAGCGGUUGCCGGCUUGGUGGGUGUGAAGGACGGAGAGGCUGGCUUCACUUGAGAUGCAUGCUGAUCCUUACCUUCGGAAAUGCAGCUGACACGCUGGUUUAGUCAGAAGAAAGAUCAGCACGACUCGCUGCCCAUCUCACCGGAUGUGCCCAAGGGGCUGUACUUGUACGGAGAUGUUGGGACGGGCAAGUCGUGAGUCGUCAUCGCGGGCAGGUGAUAAGCGUUAACGCUACAGUGUCGUAUCCCAGAAGACUGACACCACUUUGCACGGUCUUGUUGCGCUGCGCACAGCAUGCUGAUGGAUAUGCUGCACGCCACGCUGCCUCCAACAGCUCAGCGCAUUCACUUUCACGCCUUCAUGGUAGAAGCCCACAAGCGUAUGCACGCUUUCAAAUCUAGCGUUCACAAACCUAGCGGGAUGGUCAUGAGCGCAGCUAAAGCCAUCACUUCUGGCGAAGUCGUCUCGUCUACCAAUCCUGCUGGAGCUGCUAGCGCUGCUGUAAAGGCGGCUGCUGCUGGGGAAGAGGUGGAUCCCAUACCGCCCGUGGCUAGAGCCUUGGCCAAAGAACACGAUGUAGUCUGCUUCGAUGAGUUUCAGGUGAGAGAUGGCUCCCCACAAAGGAGCUUCGGAGGCGCGUGCUCACAUGGAUGGCUUCACUUUCAGGUGACGGACAUCGCAGACGCUAUGAUCCUCCGAAGACUGCUCGAGCACAUGGUCUACCACGGCGUGGUUUUUGUCAUGACGUCCAAGUGAGUCGUAGAUGCUUGCAAUCCGUUGCAAAGAUAUGCUGAGAAGCUGACGGCCGUGCUUGCAAAGUCGACAUCCAAAUGAUCUGUACAAGAACGGCAUUCAGCGGUCUUCCUUCAUCCCAUGCAUAGAGCUGCUCAAGUCCCAGUUCCGAGUAGUGGACCUCAAUUCAGGGAUCGACUACAGGAAGCAAAGGAGGGCCUUGUCCAAGGUGUACUUUCAUCCGCUCAACGACGAGACCAAGCGGGAGAUGGACAAGUUGUGGAAGGCGACAACAAGUGGUGAUCCUUCCGACCCCGUCAUGGAUGGUCGGCAAUUGAGCGUGUGGGGACGCAAAUUGGCAGUGCCGCAAAGCACGACCAAAGCAGCGAGAUUUGACUUUAUGGAUCUUUGCGGCACGCCAAAGAGCGCAGCAGAUUAUCUAGAGAUUUGCAAAAGCUUCGACACACUGUUCAUCGACAAUAUACCCCAGAUGAGCAUACAUCAACGAGAUUUGGCUAGAAGAUUCAUCACUUUUGUCGAUGCUUGUUACGAGGCCAAGAGCAAGAUAUUCAUGAGCUCGGAAGUGCCUAUUGUGCAGGUCUUAUCCAGCAAAGAGACGGACAAGGCGGAUAUUGAAAAAUUCAGAUUGCUCAUGGACGACCUCGGCAUGACAAUGGUGCGUUCGGAAAGUGUCACGCGAAAUCGCGCAUGUGCCGAUGCGGGAAGGGAGCUGGCCACUCUUGCUCGUGAUGUUGCGCUGAAUCCUUUGCUCCCUCAAACAAACAUUCAGGAAUCGCUUGGAGGUAGUCCAAUCGUCAGCGGUGACGAAGAGCUCUUUGCUUGGUGCGUCGCGAGGCCGUGUCGAGCGCCCCAUAACCAUUUUUUCUUCUGACUGACCGCGCUCCGCCUUCGCUCACGAUCGCGUCUUCAAUCUUCCGAUAGGGCUCGACUGAUCAGCAGAGUCACAGAGAUGGGCACCAAGGCGUGGGCAGAAUCAUCAAAGGGCGAAUCGCACUAA